AUGUAUGCGUUGUUUACCCCCAACGCGGAAGGUCCCUUCCCCGACAUGCUCCAACAACCAUACUACCAUGCCAUGAUACGAUCUAUGAUCCUCUUCAAUUGCGAUCUAUGGAGUCUUGGCAUUCUCGGCAUACCGAACUAUAUUCCUUGGCACCUCGGUCCGAUCAUCGGCUGUUCCAAGGCUUUGAGCCCCACUGUUUGGGUCCCAGGAGAGAAAAAUCGGCUCUAA